CUGCACUAUAGUUACAUACCCUUAAUCACAAUUCUCUGUUAAGCUUCAGGUUGAGAAAUAGGCUAUUUAAGUGGUAGAUCAAGAGGCUGAACUGCAUUUGUAAGGUAUUUAUUAACUUUAGCUCUGAAGACAGGAGCAGACUGAUCUAUAAUAAGACUCAGUUCCUGAACCAUGUUACAGGACACACCUUGAGGAGAACCAGGCUUAAAGCAGUACAAAAGAGAAGAGCAAAAUCCAGAUGACCUUACUCUUGUGGUUACAUAAACUCUCCUAAAACAGUCCUGGAACAGCACAAUGUUUGUAAAGUGGGAAAAAUUAUGUUGAUAAGAAGUUAACGAUACUGGUGAAGUGUCUGUUCUGCAGCUAUCUCUGGGUUCACAUCAGGGCUUAUACUUGUGAAUCCACAGACUCUUGGAAAACAAAUGAAAGGAGUCCAAUGGAAAUUGACCUGUUCAUUCCUACCCACUGUGGCACACUUUCUUGAAGGCUGGGCAUAGCCCUGACAACCUCCUCGUCUCAGCAGCAGGAGCUGUCAUGUCAAAAUAUUUGUGGUGAUAAAAUCCAGAGUUCAUAAGAACACCAAAGGAAGGACAAGUGGACUGUGGGUUUUGUCCAUAGUAUUCUGGACACCUUUGAAAUGAGCAUUGUUGCUACUUCACACAUUGUUUUAAACUCUUGGCUGGUACCUGCAAACUGUGAUUUUGUUUGUGUUUCUUUCAGUCUAAGAUGACAGAGCCUUUUGUGUACAUGAAGUGUUUUGAGUAGGUGGGAGAUUGCUAUUCCCUCCUUUUUGGCUUCUCUAUGCAUCACAAGGAAGUAAGUCUGCUUCUUAAGCCUGGACUUAGUCGAGGCAAAAGUUCCUUUGGGUUGUGAAUCUUCUCAUUGUUAUCACAUAUGGCUGCUGCUUCUUCUUCUGAUUACUGACUACAGUGAUGUCACCCUGCGUUCAGAGAGCAAUGAACUGGAAUCACCAAUCCUGACCUGUUUGUGUAUGUUGGUACAACAGGGGUCAGUCCCAUGUCUAUGGGUGACCAGCGUCAGACAGCUUCGCCUGGCAGACUCGUGUGUGACGGAUUAACUCCUGCCAAUGCCCCCGCUCAAGGCCAAAGCUGUCUUUUCACAUCCAGGCAAGGACACGCACUGGGAGUGCCUCCACGGCAGCAGCUCGCAGAACCACAGAAUGUUUUGGGUGGGAAGGGCCUCAAAGAUCGCUCAGCUGCAACCUCCCUGUUCUGCAGGGACCAGAGCAGAUCAAUCCCUGGACAAAACACCCGCUGACCAGGGAUGCUGGGCCGGGCUCCCGCAUCAGCUGCCACAAGGGAGAGGCCAUGGAGCACACGGGCUGAGGCAGCACCUCUUCGGGCUCCCAGGAUGACCAAAAGGGCCACAGGAAAAGCUAUGGUUCAGUUUUACACUUAGCAGCUCUGGUGUCCCGAGCUUGGAGUAAAACACUUGGCAGGGAGCAUUUGCAGCCAGCGGUUCCCCAUCAGCCCGGCAGGCCAGGCCCCCGGGCGCAGACCAGGGCCGCAGCCGGGGCAGUCACGACCCCCGGGCCGCCCCCGCUAUGGGACCGCCUCCCGUCCCGCCUGCGCGCCGCCCUGCCGUGCUCGUUCCGGGGCCGCCGAACGCUCCCCAUCCCUCCGCCGCCCACCCACAGGUGCCCCGCAAUCUGCAUAAGAGCGCUCGCCUCGCUGAGGGCUCGGCCGGCGGCGCGCCCGGGAUCGAGCAUGACGCCGGGGGGCGGCGGGGCCAUGCAGGUUCCGGGGCGGGCCGGGGCCGCGUGACGUGCGGGGCCGUCGGUCAGUGCGGGCGGGAUGGCGGCGGCUGGCGGGGACGGCCCCGAGCUGGAGCCGGGACCGGAGCUGGCGAUGGAGCCGGAGUCGGAGCCCGAGCCGGAGCCGGAGCCGGAGCCCGAGCCCGAGCCGGCGCUGGCGGCGGAGCUGUCGGCGCGGCGCAGCGCGGAGGCGCGGCGGCUGGUGCUGUCGCCGCGGCGGCUGUCGGGCCCGCUGCCCGCCGGGCUGUCGCAGUGGUUCCCGGCGCUGGAGGUGCUGGACGUGAGCGGGACGGGGCUGACGGAGAUGGGCACGGAGCUGCUGUCCCUGCCGUGCCUCCACACCUUGCUGGCCAAGAACAACCGGCUUGGUGGGCCCGGCUCGCUGCCCAAGGGGCUGGAGCAAGCGCCGCUCGCCCGCUCCCUCCGCGUCCUCAACCUCAGCGGGAACCGCUUCUCCGAGGUGCCGCCCGCGCUGCUGCAGCUCCGCGGGCUGCGCAGCCUCAGCCUCGGCGGCAACCGGCUCCACGGCAUCCCGCCCGAAAUCCAGGAGCUCCACAGUUUAGAGUUUCUAUACCUUGGAGGGAAUUUCAUUACAGCAAUUCCACCUGAAUUAGCAAAACUGCCUUCUCUGAGGUAUCUAGUUCUGUGUGACAACAAGAUCCAGAGCAUUCCACCUCAGCUGGCACAGCUGCAUUCCCUGCGUUCCCUUAGCCUGCACAAUAACCUGCUGACUUACCUUCCCCGAGAGAUCCUUAACCUGGUUCACCUGGACGAGCUGAGCUUGCGUGGGAACCCGCUGGUGGUGCGCUUUGUGCGCGACCUGACCUACAACCCCCCGAGCCUGCAGGAGCUGGCUGGGCGCACCAUUAAAACUCGCAACGUUCCCUACACUCCCAGCGACCUCCCAGAGAGCCUUGUCCGCUACCUGAGCUUGGCCAGCAACUGCCCCAAUCCUAAAUGUGGGGGUGUGUACUUUGACAGCUGCGUCAGACAGAUCAAGUUCGUUGACUUCUGUGGGAAGUAUCGGCUCCCGCUGAUGCACUACCUGUGCUCCCCAGAGUGCUCCUCUCCCUACAGCUCUGCCUCCCAGAGCUCCACUUCCCAGAGCGAGUCUGACUCUGAGGAUGAGGCCAGCGUCGCCGCGCACAGGAUGCAGAAAGUCCUUCUGGGAUAACGGGCAGCCGCGGGGGAAGACGGGAAGGAAAAUGGAUUUGAAAAGUAAUAAUGGAAUCGUGAAGCAUGAGCCACCGGCCUGAAGAGCUUAUGAGAAAUUGUCCUCAAGUCCAUGCAGGGACAGAACAUCUUAGCAAGCCUGGACUUGCUUGGUGCAGUGCUGCUUAGGAGAUCUAACUCAGUAGCAUGCUGCCUGUAGGUUGCCUGGGGUUGUUAGAAAUGUCUCCUGGCUGGGAGGCACCUCCUGCCUCAGAUGAGCUGGGAGAGGGAUUUGUUCUCACUGGCGGAUUCAGAAGGAUUUUAAUAUAUGAAACUUGACUGGACUUCAGUCAUCCUGCAGAGCAAAGGAGACUGUCCAGAUCCUUUAACACUGUGGUAAACCAGAAACAGGCUAAUGAUGCCAUGUGAGUAUGUAUGGACCCCAGUGUUUUAUAUAGCAGUUUGAUUCCUUUCUGCCUCCUUUGAUCUCAGUUACAGAUUUUACACUCAUCCACUGAAAAUGAAAGUUGAAUUUUUUUUAUUCAGGACUAGAUUUUUCCAAACUCUGGUUACUCUUCCUUUGCCUAGAGGUGUAGGGUUUCUGUACUGUUACAGAUGUUAUAGCCAUCAUAGAACUGAGCCACCUUUUUUCUCCCUUGUUAUACUGAGCUGCUCUUAAUGUCUCCUUCUAACAAUAUUUGUUAUUUUUCUUCCUUCUCCCUCUUCCCAUUACACCUGAAGUGUUGCUGUCUUUAUGGUGCCUUCAGAAAACAGACAUUUUGUUCUGUUAUAAUUGGUAUUACUUCAGACUUAUGGCCUGUGCAAGAGACCAGAUGUGAUGCUCUGUAUCAUACUUUUGAGUCUCAGCUUAUUGGAGCAAAUCUGCCUUUAUAGCUGUGAACUGUAGGAAUGGUCUCAAUUGACAUUUUUUGUUUAUAAACAGCCACAUUUCCCCACAGUUUGCUCUGCUGUGCUUGGUAGAGUUACUUUCCAUCUUUAAGGUCACGGGCCUAAGGUACAUAGCAGCUCAGUGAAUUGAAACACCCAGAGAAGUGCUGUGGAGAAUGUCCUUUUUUCCUGAUUCCUAACAGGAGAGGAAAAACUGGUAGGGAGGCAAAGGCAUGUUAUCUGAGCUUCUUGCACAAGGUGCUUUUGAAAUGUCUUCCUUAUUUGUUUGCCUUUGCUCUCGUGGCAAUAGCUUGGGCAGUCUCUUGAUGGUUCAAAUAAUAUACUCAGUUUUCUUAAACUAUGUUUAAGGGAAAGCUGCAGAAAAUAGCUCUGAAUUUUUAAGAAUCAAGAAAUAUCUUAUAAAAUUAAUAUUACAAAUUGACAGCUAUCUGUAAAUUACUUUAUGAGGCUGUUGUGUGCUUCACUCAGUGAGAGCUGCCCCUUCAUUAAUAUUUCAUGGUAGACAGUCCUUUUGAUGCAGUUUCUGAUAGAGUAAAUCCAACUGUGCCUUUGAAUGCAUGAACAGAGCAAAACUAUCAUGUUAAGAAGCUGAAAUGAAAAAGAAAAACUUUCUAAACCCUCUUUGGCCCUAAAGGAUAAUUAAAAAACCUGUGUUUCUCUCCUGCAUUCAGAAAACACAUAUACCUAUUUGAACAUCUUAUGGCAGCUCUGUGUUAAUGGUCCUGUUUAAUUAUGUUUGACACUUUAUGUAUUAAAGCACUUUGAUAAUUCUGCUCUUUAUAACUAGCUUUAGUGAUUUUUUUUUAAAUUAGACUACAAUUUUUGCUUUCAUGUGACCUGAAGAACGUGGUCUGUGAAACUUUGUAUGUUCCAGUCUGUCUUGGUGUGCAAGUUGAAUUUCUUGCCUUGCAUUUCCUUGACAGAACUCUUUAUUUCCCCAGUUUCCCUUGGAAAGAACUGGAAUUUGAAAUUAUCUGAUAGUAAAAUAGUACCCUGUCCAUUGUUAACCAUUGCAACUUAGUUCCCACAGACACAUGUGAUUCCCUGUGUGCAUUGAUCCACAAAGAAUUAAUUGCAUGUGCUCUAUGCCUUUCCAAAUAAUUUUUAAAGUAUAUUUUUAAGACCCAGUGAGGUGUAUGUGCCAAGCAACUGGAUGUCACUUUAGCAGAUUCUAUGAGGCUUGCUUGGGAAGAAGAACCUAGAGGUUUUGAGAGAAACCAAUUGCAUGCUGUUAGUGAAAUUGCAACCAGUGAGUGGCCUGUUUUGUUCACCUCCUCUUUCAGAUGCUUCUUGCUGUCCCAAGUGAACACAGGCACAGCAAUGCUGAAUGACAGUAAGAUGAUUCCAGAGCCACAAUUUUAACUUGCCUGCUGGUAUAACCAUAGCAAUCAACUGAGUGAUCUAGAGCUUGACACUCCUGCCAGCAAAAGUGAGCCACACAAGUUGAGAUCUCAAGAUCUUUUGAGCUCAGGGCCAUGAGGUACCUCCUUCCUUUCUUGUCUUUAGCAGCAGCUGCCUUGAAGUCAUGAAUUUUUUCACUUCACAAAGCUAGAUUUCAUCAGAGUUCCUGCUUGCACAGUAGCACCUCUGUGUGUGAUGACUUCAGACCAGUGGUGGCUGGUUCUAAUUUAGGUCGAUCCUUAACUGCGUUUCUUUCCUAACUGAACAGGCAUCCCACUUCUGCCCAAAUAUUAUAUGGUCUGUUAGGGUAAUCUUUGUUUUUUCACAGAUUCUUCACUGUAGCCAGGUCAAAACUUGACAGCUUAUGCAGUUGAUAUCUAUGCAUUUUUAGACUUGAUAAAAUGUGUCUUAAAAAAUUUAUAUAUAUAUAUAUUCCUGAAUAUAGCUACCAAGUUUUCUUUUUGCUGCUGGGCUUUAAAGUGCAAUUCAAGCCAGAAUUUAAAACAAUCAAGAACUUGUAUGAAAAACAAAUUGUUGGUUGGUUGGGUUUGAGGUUUUUUCCCUCUGAGGUAGUUUUGAGAGGACUAGGGAUGCAGAUAUAUACUGUAGUGCCUAACACAUUGAGCCCCUGUGAAUUGUUUUUCAGCAAUUGUUCACCCCCAAAGACUUGAAAAUGUACAGGGCAAUAAAAUAGGUGAGACACAACUUGAAAAUACGCAGGAUGAUAGGCACUAGUUUUACCAUCCCCUUCUCGGGGGCCCUGAGAAUUAGGCAGUGGUUUUGCCACUGUUUGUUUUCUGUCAGUUUUUAGCAGAUUUCAGCUCCUGAAGAUGCAUCUUCAAGUGAAGUCUGCAGUCAUUGUUUUGGUAUCAGUCCCCUUGUUGCUGCAGGAGCCCAGCAGGACCAGCUUUUGAAGCUGUUCUUAAGCUGAGACACAAGCAUGUAAAGGAAAAGUUGCUCAUUCCUUCUUCCAUGUGGGGCCUGGGGCCCUGCCUGCAUUCAUCUGCUGCCCCACCAAGCCUGUGCCAGGGAGAGCUGCUGGUGUGUUUCUGAAUGCAGGUACUUGAUGGGAACAGUGGGGUCAUGUUAAAAAGAAGCAAAAUAUCAAUUUGAUGGGAAGCAACUUAGACAGUUGCCAAUUCUUUUAUGUUUCUCUUUAAUAAGAGGUGAGACCUGAGGAAGUCAGUAAUGAAUAUUUAAACAUACUCUGAAGUGGCCAGAUGCAGUUUUUCAUGGGCUUCUGUCCUGGUCAUUUUAAGUCUUUGAAAUCUUCUGUUGAAUUAUAAUGGGAGUGGGGGGGAGGGAAGGGAGAACCAACUUCUUUUUGUUCCUUACUCUUGUUGGCAAUAAUGAAUGGAAGGAAUUUAAUCCAAUGAAAGUAAUGAAACUUAAUCCUUGCAAUGCAUCUUUGUUGCCCAGUUCAAAGAACUAUUUUAAUGCAUCUUAUUCACACCAUGCCCUCCCUCCCCAACUGAAGACACUUCAAAUAGACUGCUCCAGAGUGCACACUAAUACAGCAGUAACUCUGUCUUGGAAACCUUUCUAUUGAUUAUUUCACUUGCUUGCCUGACUAGAGAAUUGAUCAUUUACUGACCAGAACACUAAGGGUAGAAAGGGUUCUCAUCCAGCCCUCUUGUUGAAUUUUUAUCUAAGCAUUUGUUUUAGGACAUCUUAAAGUGCCUUACGAUUUUAAAACUGUAUUUUGCCUGAAACAUAUGAAUGUAGACUCUCUCUAACAGUAUUUCAUUAUAAGCUGUAAAACAAAUUGCAAACACUAAACCUACAAAAAUUUUAUUUCUGCUGUUGUCUGUCCAUUAUUUCCCAACAUCUCAGUUUUGGUGUUUCUGCAGACAGAACUCUUGUAGGAUUGGGAGCAAUAAAA